GCACGCCCAUCACUGCCAUAUGAGCAACAUGCAGCCACUGCGAUCGGCACGUCGCCAUCAAUACCGGUUGGCGAGCAUCUUCGUGUGAACAAAAGCCAUAUUCGGGGGUUUUGGUCCCUGCGCCGUCUAAGCUGCUCUGCUGCUGGCACGACGCCGCCACAUUCUUGGUUCGCAGCGCCGUAGAGAUGGCACCGCUCACACUUUGCGCCGUCGUUCAAGACCACCUGCGCAUAGUGCGCGGAGCCUAAUAAGAAUCUUUGGCCUCGUCAUCUUCUGCUCUGCUAGGAACAAACCUAUAGCUUGCAUUCAUCGCAGUCAUGACUGACAACAACAGCUCCGACCUCCAGUUUGUCGUUGUUGAACGACCCUCCGACACCAAGCACGCCGGAUACCGGCGGAAGGUCCGGUCUCAUGUCACCAAGACCCAGCAUCGACGCGCAAGAGAGGCCAGCAGCGCGAAAGCCUUGUUCCGUUUCGUACAAGGCAACGAUGGCCGAAAGUCGAAGGAGAAGCUGAACAAGGGCAAGAGGAAGGAGGUCGAAGACCAUGAGACUGAGAAGCUAUCGCCGCAAGACGCUGCUAGGCAAGAACUCACACGAAGAGCAGUGGCAGAAACUGUGCACACCAGUGGACCGGGUGCUCUGUUCUCCACAGGAGCCAUGUACCUGCGAACAAUAGCCUUGGAUGAUGCGGACAAUGAUGUCGGAAUGGUGCUCAGCAGCCUUCACUGCAAUGUAACAGCAGUCUGGACUCUCUACGAAAGCUACAUGACAUCGCAAACGGGAUCGUUCCUAGGAGACAACCCAGGGAUGCGUGACACAGACCAUGCUGCUUGCUUACUAUCAUUCCUGUGGCAAGACUCCACCCUGCUCAACGUGGCGAUGCUCUCCGGUACGCGCAGACUCCUGGACUCGCGAGGGCAUGCCCUACACCCGAAUGAACUCUACCAUCUCACGCACCUUCGCGGCCGCAUCAUACACCGCCUCAACACAGCCAUAGCUGACCCCGUACGUCGUAAUUCGGACCAGAUGAUUUGUGCCGUCCUGCUCCUCGCCCUAUAUGAGCUUCGUUACACAUCAGCUGAUGCUUAUAAAGCACAUAUGAUGGGGCUUGUCCAAAUUAUCAAUCUGCGAGGCGGCAUCAAUGAAGUGGUCUCAUAUGUUGCCAGUAUGGUCGUCUGGUUGGACCGGGCUUGCAGCAGGAUGAUUGGCGUCGAGCCGUAUGCCAAUAAGAUGCGCGACCGUGCCACGCCAGACAUUCCUCGGCUCAGUGAGGUGACUUGA